AGGAUUAGGCCAGGCUGAAGCUGGAGCCUAGAGCUGCAUCUGGGUCUCCCAUGUGGGUGGCAGGGGCUCAAGUACUUGAGCCAUCUUGGGAUCCCCAGGCACAUUAGUAGGGAGCUGUAUCAGAGGCAGAGCACCUAGGACUAAUUGGGACUCUGACAUGGGAUGCUGGUGCUGCAGGUAGCAUCUUAAUCUUCGGCAUGACAGUGCCAACCUCAGCCUUCUGUUUUCACCUAGGUUGCAGCUACAUUCUUCUACUUCCUGACAAGCAUGGAUUUACCCAGCUGUCUUUACAAAAUUAGGGAUCAACUGGACAGUUAUGAGCUGGCAUCCCUAAAGUUUCUGAGCCUGGAUUAUAUCCCACAAAGGAAGCUUGAACCCAUCCAGGAUACCCUGAUGUUCUUCCAAAGGCUCCAGGAGAACAAAAUGUUGGAGGAGGGCAAUCUGUCAUUCCUGAAGGAGCUGCUGUUCCGAAUUCACAGACUGGACCUGCUGAACUCUUUGUUGGCCACGAGCAAAAAGGAGAUGGAGGAAGAGCUGAAGAUCCCUGGAAGGGCCCAAAUUUCUGCCUACAGGGUCAUGCUCUUCCAGAUUUCAGAAGAUGUAAGUCAAGAGGGAUUGAAAAUUUUUAAAUUUUUUUUGAGAAAAGAGAUAUCCAAAUGCAAACUGGAAGAUAACAUGAGCUUGCUGGACAUCUUUAUAGAGAUGGAGAAGAGGAUGAUUCUUGGGGAGAAAAACUUGGACACCCUGAAAAAGAUUUGUGACCCAAUCGACAAGAACCUGCUGGUGAAAAUCCAUGACUACGAAGACUCCAGUGGAGGGAGAAGAAUGACCCCGGAAACUCCAGGCACAUAUACAAAUGGGGAGCAGACAUAUGGAAUGCUGGCGAUGUUGGACUGUCCAAGGGAGCAAUACAGCAAGGAACAGAUAUCAGGUGAAGUUUACCAAAUGAAGAGCAAACCUCGGGGAUAUUGUUUGAUCUUCAACAAUCAUGACUUUAGCGUGGCACGGAAGAAAAUACCCAAACAUCGCAACAUGAAGGAUAGGAAAGGAACAGAAGUUGAUGCAGAGGCUUUGAAUACUACCUUCACAAGACUGCAUUUUGAAGUCAUACGCUACAAUGACUCCACAGCCAAGGAAAUCUGUGAUGCUCUGAAAUACUACCAAAGCAUAGACCACAUAGGCAGGGACUGCUUCGUCUGCUGUAUCCUAUCUCACGGAGACAAAGGCAUCAUCUAUGGCACUGAUGGACAGGAGGCCUGCAUCUAUGAUCUGACUUCAUAUUUCACUGGUUCAAAGUGCCCUUCUCUUGCUGGAAAACCCAAAGUAUUCUUUAUUCAAGCUUGUCAAGGAGAUAAGUACCAGAAAGGUGUACCUGUUGCGAUAGACUCAGAACAGCAAGAAGCCUAUUUAGAAAUGGACUCAUUGUCUCCAAAAAGAUAUGUCCCGGACGAAGCUGACUUCCUGUUGGGGAUGGCCACUGUGAACAACUAUGUCUCCUACCGAAAUCUCCUAGAGGGAACCUGGUACAUCCAAUCUCUUUGCAAGAGCCUGGAAGAAAGAUGUCCUCUAGGUGAAGAUAUCCUUACCAUCCUGACCAAAGUGAACUAUCAAGUGAGCAUUAAAGAUGCUGGGGAGAAGAAGGAGAAGCAGAUGCCACAGCCCACAUUCACACUAACCAAGAAGCUGCUCUUCCCUCUGGAUUGAUGACAUUCUGACAUAUCUAACACUAGGCUUAUUUAUUAGUUACUAAGUUAAUACUGUUAUGCACUUUUAAAAUUAGAUGUGAAGUACAGUAUUAUUUUAAAAACAUAAAGUUAAAUGUAACAAAGUAAUUUUAAAACCCUCUCUUUCUAGCUGUCCAUUCAUAUUCAUAGAAUAAAAUACAUUUUUAUCUGACUGUUCA